ACAAGAAUGUCAAAAGUCAGGGGUCAGUCCAGUUCAGUCCAGUCCAUGGAAUAAAAUGUCAUCGAUUAAUAUAAUCUAAUAUCUCUCAACAUCAUGACGACCAAAUCCAGUCCAGAUUUUCGAUUCAUUUCAGCAAGGGAACAAUUUGUUUGACCUUCCUCCAUCUCUGUUCUCUUAGAUUUCAUCAUCUACCAGAAUCCUAGCUUCAGAAACUAUAUUACCAGCUCUAGAAAACCCUUCAACAACCAAGAAAACAACAAACAACAAUCCCCUAAGUUCUUCACGAUCCCCGUUUGACUUGUAAUAAAGGAUAGCUGUUGAUGUUGAUGGGGAAGAAACAAGAACAUUAGCUGAAGAGUUCUGCUAAAAGUCGUCCGUCUAUCAAAAGCUCCUGCAUUUUUUUCCCUUCUUUUAAAUUUUACAAAGAUCCCUUUUUCCAAACUCAGCUCCCCACCCACAACCACUCCCCACAGGGAUGGUUUUUGACUCUUCCAAAUAUUUGUUCAUCUAGACUCAACAAAAGAUUUAAGCUGCUGGGCACAUUCACAAAACCAUUCUGGAUUCAUUUUUUAUUCAACAACAUAAUCAUUGACGAGUUAUAAGGAAGAAAAAACGAGCUGAACAAGUCAAAUUAGUACUAAUCCAGAAACUUUCGUCUUAACACAUGCAACGACUAUUUGGGUUUGAGAAGGUAAUAAUUUUCUUUCGCUUACAAACAGUAAUUCUGAAACUUUCAAAUGAUGGGCAGGUUAGGUGUUGAUCUUACUUCCACUUUCACCAGCGUUUUGGUUGAAGUUGAAGAACCCAAAAUAUUAUGGACAAAAUGUCUUCAUUUCUAUACAUAAAAAUACCUUUGAACUCAUCAUCCUCGUUCAUUCUUCUUUGUGCUACCCCAAAACUAAAAAACCAUGAUUCAUUUCCUCCCUCAAACACCGUCCUUGCCUUCAAUUUUACUACUGAUUUCAAUCUCUGGACUAAUAGUCCCUUGUUGUAGCCAACGCUAUUUAAACUGCUCAGGAACCAACACGGCUCGCCCAAAUCUGAAUUCUGACAUCAACUUCCUACUGAAUUCCUUGACCUCUCGAGCUUCCUCUCACACUUUUUACACUGAGACCUAUAAUGGAAUCCAUGGCCUCUUUCUCUGCCGAGGGGAUCUUCCUAAUGAGGCCUGUCAUACCUGCAUCGAAGGAGCAAGUCAACAAAUCAAAGUCACCUGCUCAUCACAAACAAAUGGUACCAUAGGCUUUGAUGAAUGUAUGUUGAGAUACUCAGUUGUGAACUUCUUUGGGAUCCUGGAGACAGUUCCAAGAAUACUGUUAUAUAAUAGUCUGAACCAAUCUACUAUUGAAGACCGUGAUUUCAUUGAUCUUGCAUUGGUGUCUAAUUUAGUACAAGAUGCUACAAAUUCAAAUAUGAUGUUCAAGGAAGGUGAGGUAAAUGUGGGUGGUGUGGAUCAGAGAUUUGGACUAGCACAGUGUACAAGAGAUAUCAUCAAGCGUGAUUGUGAGGUCUGUUUGACAAAUUUGGUGACUUUUGCAAAGGGAUGUUGCUUAAGGCAAAGAGGGUGGCGAGUUUUAGCUCCCAAUUGUAAUUUAAGGGUUGAGGCCUUUCAGUUUUAUGGGAUACCAGGACCUCCACCCUUGUCUCUUGAUGAAGAAGGUAAGGUGAUGACAUUGAUUUUGUUUUCUUGACCCUCAUCAAUUUUCAAAGGUUUUGGUCUAAUUAUAAAAGGGAAUGCACAGGAGGCAACAGAACAAGGAUCAUUGUCAUCAGCAUAUCAACAGUUGCAGCAGCGGCAGUUCUGCUAGGAAUGAUUUAUGCCUCAUUUUUAUGGAGAAACAAAAGGGGUAAGAAGACUAAACCCUUUGCAUAAACAAUGUACUUGUAGUAGGAUUUUGAUUAAUAUCACAUAACAAGAAACAUGGCUUUUCAUUCAGAGAGGGAUAGAAGUGAAGAGCUUCCUUUGCGAAAUCGAGUUGAUCAACAACUGGUUUACUCAUUGAGACAACAGUUGGAUGCAUCAAAUCAAGACAGUGAUGGAGAUAUGCCUUUCUUCAGUUUUAGUUCUCUAAAGACUGCUACAGAUGACUUCUCAGAUGCUAAUAAACUUGGAGAAGGCGGGUUUGGUCCAGUUUACAAGGUUAAUUGUGAGAUCUUACCUCGGUUGAAUAGGAGAAUGAAGCAUUCUUUAUAAGGGUGUGGAAACAUUUGCCUA